CUUUUAUUUUUAAAAUAUACAUUAUGGCAGACGUCCAAACAUAAAGAGCCUUUUAAAAGCAAGAAGGAAUCUUUUAAAAUUCUAAAAAACUUUUGGCUAAGAAAACAUCUAAAGGAGUGAGAUAUUGGAAAGAAGUUGGACUUGGAUUCAAAGUACCAAAGGAUGCUAUUGAAGGACAUUAUAUUGAUAAGAAAUGCCCAUUUACUGGAAAUGUUAGUGUUAGAGGAGCAAUCUUAAAAGGCAUAGUCAUCUCAACCAAAAUGACCAGAACAAUUAUUAUUAGAAGAGAUUAUUUGCACUAUGUUGCCAAAUAUAAUAGAUAUGAAAAGAGACAUAGAAAUGUCCCAGUCCACAUUUCACCAGCAUUUGGCCCAGUCAAGGAAGGUGAUAUUGUUGUAUGUGGAUAAUGCAGACCAUUAUCUAAAACUGUGAGAUUCAAUGUUUUGAAAGUUAUCCCAAAUGAAAUCAUUGGUAAUGUCAGAAAACAAUUUGUUUUAUUUUGAUUCAAUAACAUCAUAUUCAAGUACAUUAUAUAAAGUUCAUAUUAUUUUA